AUGGACAAAAUGAUAGCUGAAGGUUUUAUAUUACAACAAUCUGCACAUCAACUGUAUGAAGAAAUUGUUGAAAGGUAUGGACAAUCUAAUGCACCUCAACUCUUUGAAUUACAUAAUCAACUUUCAUUUAUACAACAAGGAUCUGAUUCUAUUGUGCAAUAUUACUCUAAAUUGAAAAGAGUUUGGGAGGAAAUCCAGUUGCUAGAUGGAUUUCCUGAUUGUGAUUGUGGUGCAUUAGAUAAAUGUUCAUGUGGUAUUCUUAAAAAACUUCUUAGUGCUGAUCAGAAACAAAAGUUGAUUCAACUUCUUGUUGGCCUAGACAGAGGAUAUGAUAAUGUCACUACUAAUAUCCUCAGUAUGGAUCACUUGCCAAAUGUUAAUCGUGCAUAUUAUAUGCUAUUACAAGUUGAGAGGCAAAACAGAUUGACUUUUCAACAAGAUAACUCUCCUCAGACUAGUGCCUUUGUAUCUAUGAAGCAACAGUCAUUUCAAGGACCUCCUUCACACACUCAUCCUUCUUACACUGACAAAAGAGAUGGAAAACGCUUCAAGUUUGAUAAAAGUCUCAGAAAAUGUGACUAUUGCAAGAAAACUGGUCAUAAUAUGGACCAGUGUUUCAAACUGACUGGAGUAUACCCUGAAUGGUUUCUUAACAUGAAAUCUAAAGCUGUUGGCACUAGUUCUAUUAAUAAAUUGGCUGCUCAUGUUGGUGACACUAUUGGAGGUUCUAUACUUGGUGAUACUCCAUCAGAAUUUGCUGCUGAUACUUCUCAUCAACCUUCUCAUGUUGAUUCUGCCUUGGUACAAGCUAUGUAUAAAGAAAUGAUGAAAAUGGUCGAAAAUCAAGCACCAAGCUCUCAUCCUUCUGAUCUUAACUCCUCUGUGAAUUUUGCAGUUGGUUUACCUGAUGGUACAACCAAACUUGUUACCAUAUCUGGCACUGUUAAACUUAAUCACAAAAUAACUCUUCAACAUGUUCUUUUGAUUCCAAAUUUUACUCACAAUCUUCUAUCUGUCAGUAAGCUUUUGUCUCACAACAACCUUGUUGCUAUAUUCACUUCUUCUUCCUAUCAAUUUCAGGACCUCACAACUAACGAAAUCCAAGCUAUUGGCUUUCAACAUGCUGGUUUAUACAAGUUCUAUUAUGAUUCUUCUUUUUCUUCUGCUGAUAAUUCAUCUUCUUUGUUGCAUAUUAGUUAUCAUGUUAGCACUACUCUUCCUACUCUUAGUGUUUUACUAGCUAGACUAGGCCAUUUAUCUGUUCAGAAGAUGUCCAAAUUGUCUAUACCACACAAACAUAAUAAUACAGCAAAUGUUUUUUGUGAACCAUGUAUUCUUGCCAAAUCACAUAAUACUUCUUUUCCUAUCUCUCUUUCUCAUGAUGGUGCUAUUUUCCAAUUGGUACAUGUGGACCUUUGGGGUCCUUACAGACAUGCUUCUUUAUCAGGAGAUCAUUAUUUUAUUACUGUUCUUGAUGAUUUUUGA